AGUCCUGCUGGGGAGGGGCUGUCCCCAGGUGACCGGACAGGAUAUAGGAGGCUCAGAGCUGGGCCCAGGAAGUACCAGAAGCACUUCAUGAACUCUGGAAAGAUCUACAGCCGUUCGCUGGGGACUCAAAGCCGGGCUCCAUGCACUGCUGUACGAGAGGCCGUUGCGGCGGGGCGUGGCGAGCCCAGUCUGGAGCAGACCUUCCUCCCAGGAAGUGGGCAGCCGCCUCACGGAUGUCUCCAUCUGCCGGGAAAUGCCCAGCCUGGAAGUGAUCACCCUCAGCGUCAACAGCGUGUCCAGCCUGGAGCCCGUGAGCCGGUGCCGGCAGCUGAGCGAGCUGUACGUGCGCAGGAACCGCAUCCCCAGCCUGGCGCAGCUCCACUACCUGAAGGGGCUGCCGCGCCUGCGCGUGCUGUGGCUGGCCGAGAACCCGUGCUGCGGCGCGGACCCGCACCUCUACCGCAUGACCGUCCUGCGCAACCUGCCGCACCUGCAGAAGCUGGACAACCAGACCGUGACCGAGGAGGAGCUGUCCCGAGCGCUGCUGGAGGGGGAGGAGGUGACGGCCCCGGGCGGAGAGGGCGCAGGGAAUGGCCAGCCUGAGCUGUCCUACGGCCUGAGCGCCUUGAACACCGACGCGGAGACCCAGCGGGAUGCGCUCGGCUGCGGAGAGGAGGCGGCCAGCGUCCGGGGCCAGUUCGGCCUGCAGCCCCCUUCCCGGGACCAGUUCCCUUCCUUCUCGCAGAGGGAAGACAUGAGCAGCCACAGGGACAGGAACAACGUGCUGACCGCCAUCCUGCUGCUGCUGCGGGAGCUGGACGCCGAGGGGCUGCAGGCCGUGCACCAGACCGUGCUCAGCCGGCUCCAGGCCCUGCACAAGCAGGAGCCGCAGGACAUGGACUGACCGUCAGCCGGGAGCCUGUCGGGCCCUCCUCCCAGCAACUGGGGGGCGUGGGGUCCAGAGCCACAGCAUCCACUGCACCCCGGCCGAGGGCCCGCCUCUGCUGAGUCCCCGCCUGCAGGCGGUGUCCCGGAAGCUCCGGCCACCUGGGAAGGCCACGCCCUGGGCGUAGCCGGUGCCGGGCACGAGCAGGAAGGGCAUGGGUGCCGUGCCAGGCGCGUCUGCUGUGCAGGGCCCAGGUGUGCGCAGCCUGCAUUGGUGGGAAAGGGGGGGGAAGGGGAGAGGGAGGGGGAGGGGCCCGCCCCGGCCCGCCCCGCCCCGCCUCUUCUCCAGGCGGCUUUGCAGCCACUCCUCCUAAUAAAUAUCUUCCCAAAGUCCAAGCUGGAAGCAGCCGUUUCCUAGGAGACAGACGUGGCGUUGACAUUGCUUGGAAGCGAAGGGCUGUUGUGCACGCAUUUCCCCCAUCGGCUCUCCUGCCCGGUUAUGGGAUGGAUUCUGCCCACAAGGGCCGCCUUCCAGAACGGUGUGUCCUUGAAGCAGCAGGCCCUCCCUCAGCCCUCCACCCACCGCCGGGGCGUUUUGCUCAGCAGGAUGUAGAGGUCUGGGUUUGCGCAGCCCUGCGGGGAGAGGCUGGGGGUGGGCGGAGUUCAGUCUGGGGAUUCGGGGACAGCCGUGGGACAGGCAGCGGGGUCCGGGAGGACACCCAGAAACCACAUCUAAAGCGUGUUCUCCGUGGGUAGAGCCACGGACAGGCCUUGCUGUGGGGCACAGGCCCCAGGUGGCAGCACUGCAGCCCCGGGGCCCAGCUCCUGCCCCCCAGCCUCUGAGGGCACCUGCACGGGCGGGGGGAGCGUGGCCCCUGAGCCUUCAGUCUUACUGGUGCUGAAACAGCCGGGACAGGAGGGGCGUUCCCCCCACCGCUCCCAUAAGGUCCAUGGCGCUGCGGAGCGCUGUGUGCGAGCACCAGAUGGGGCGACAGUGCCGGGAGACCCCAGGGGAAGCCGCAUCCGCGCGGGCCGGUGGUGGAUCUCGGUGCUGUAGCCCCUCGGGACCUGGGUGGCAGAAGCAAGGGGUCGCCGCGUGGGGGCGUCCGGAAGUGUGGCCGCAGGGACCGCAUGUGCCUCUGUCGUACGAAUGGACGGUUGUCGGACACUCAAUAAAGCGUCUUUGUUAGAGCCA